GGCAACGUAAACCAUUGCCUCAAAGAUACACAAAUUGCCAAUUUUCCAUCCUCUCUCUCUCACGUAUAUACAGACAAGACUUAUAAAUAUAGGAGCUAUAAGAGAUAAAGAGAAAAUAGAGAUAACAGUUUGUAGUCCCAUUACCAUUUCUUUUAAACACCGAUCUCUCUCUCUAGAAAAUUGCUCAUGGAUGUCUGGGUUAAUAGUAGUUUUUGUAUGAGUAGUAUAGCUGUUUUCCUCCUUCUUCUUGUUUCUGAUUACCAAGUAGUAGUAUUAGUAAAUGGUGAAAGAAUUGGUGAGCCAUCGUCAUCGUCGUCAUUGUCAUGUGAUUUCUUCAAAGGGAGAUGGAUUUUGGACCAAUCCUACCCGCUCUACAAUCCUUCCUCAUGCCCCUUCAUUGAGCAUGAGUUUACCUGCCAAAAGAAUGGCCGUCCCGAUCAGAUUUACACCAAAUACAGAUGGCAACCACAUGACUGUGAUUUAGCAAGUCAUGAGAUCGGGACCAGCAGUUGUACUCUUUGCCGCUGUAGCUAUAGUUUCUGGUGGACCAAAAACUGGGGAUUUAACGGGCUUGACUUCUUCAAAAGAUUUAGAGGGAAAAGCAUCAUGUUUGUUGGAGAUUCAUUAAGCCGAAAUCAAUGGCAGUCCCUAACAUGCAUGCUUCAUUCGGCUGUGCCAACUGCGAAGUAUAAUGUGACAAGAGUAGACGAUGUAUCUAUCUUCGAAUUUACAGAUUAUGAAGUUAGAGUGAUGCUGGACCGCAAUGUGUAUCUAGUAGAUAUUGUAAAAGAAAACAUUGGGAGGGUCUUGAAGCUUGAUUCAAUAGUGGGAGGCAAGUUAUGGAAGGAUAUUGACAUGCUUAUCUUCAACACUUGGCAUUGGUGGAAUCGGAGAGGACCCUCUCAACCAUGGGAUUAUGUUGAAGUAGGAGGCCAGAUAAGCAAAGACAUUGACCGCAUGCUUGCUUUUGAGAAGGCACUUAUUACUUGGGCUGGAUGGGUUGAUUCAAACAUUGAUCCUUCAAAGUCCAGGGUUUUCUUCCAAGGAAUAUCUCCUUCUCAUUACAAUGGCAGUGAAUGGCAAGAACCAAGGGCAAGAAGUUGUGUAGGGCAAAAGGAGCCUUUGUUUGGGUCGACCUAUCCAGGAGGUUUGCCACCAGCUCUGAGUGUGCUGAAGAAUGUGUUGAGCACAAUCAAAAAGCCAGUGACAUUGCUAGAUAUAACAAUUCUCUCACUCCUGCGUAAAGAUGGACAUCCUUCAAUUUAUGGGUUGGGAGGCCGCACCGGAAUGGACUGUACUCAUUGGUGUCUUUGUGGAGUCCCAGAUACUUGGAAUGAGAUUCUCUACAAUUUAAUUCUUUGAAACAUUCAUGAUUGAAACUAUCAAAACGAUGGCGUCUUGUGCCAUUGAAAUAAGGACAUGUAGAUGAAAUUUUACAUACUCUUAUCUUUUUAGCAUGAAACGAAUUCACGUAAUAGUGUACCUGUUCCUUGUCUAAAAAAAACGUUAAUAGUUGACAUUGAAGUAUGAACUGCUGAACAAGAAAGCAUCAGAGGCUGCUACAUCAUUAAUUUGGAAUUUGGUGAUAUAUAGACCCCCGUGGGCGGAGGGCCACUUUAUUUGAAUCCUCCAUAGGGUUUCUUGUUCAAGUAUCUGGCCGUUAGUUUAGCAAGAAAAAUUUGUUAUAACAAUCAUAUAGUUCUGUGUCC